AUGUCGUUGUACGCAGACGACGACCCCACCAAGGCCCUCGCCCUCCAGGACACAGACGAGAACCCCGCCCUUCACCCCCCCACAGACCCCCAGCAGCUCUUCAAUGCCGCCGUCGCCGCAGAGCCAGAGUCCGCACACCAGCAUGACACCCUGCUUCUCGCUGCCCAGAGGUUCGAGGAACACCCGGAAAGACUGCCACAGCUUCUCCCCCAGUUUCUUGGAUUCAUCAGCGAAGGCGGCGACUCGCUCUUGAGGUUUUGGACACUCGACAUGAUCCAUCUCGCGGUGGGGAGGGGUGGACUGAGUGGAGAUGUCAAGCAACUCGUGACACUGCAUUGCUUCCCGCGUCUAUUGCAGCUCCUUCAUACCGGCUCGAUUCCUACUCUGAAAGCCGUCAUCCCCAUCCUCUCGACGAUCUACCCCGUCCUCUUUGGCAUCCUCGCUACUUCCAAUACGCAAGCAUCGAUCCUGCAAAUGUUCAAUGACAUGAAAUCAAUCAUCAUUGAUUUUGCCCUCAACAAGUCGGGUCAGUCUGGCAAUGUUGGUGUGCGGGCGGUGGCAUGGAAGUUUGUUCAAAAAGUCAUCUUGGCUGCUACGAAACCUGCGACUUCUGGCGAUCCUCGACUACAAUCACGAGGGUCCUCGGUCACAGACACCAACAUCUCCCACAUCACGCAGACUGGCAUCCUGUCGCAAGCCGAGAUUGACCAAGAAGGUAAAAAACUGCAGACCGAACUGGUCACUGCACUCUACACACAAACGGAACCUGCCAUCCUGCACCCCAUCAUCAAUUCCUUUCCGUAUCUCGCCAAGAUGCGCCAGUCGAUCGCGCCGCUUGUCGUCCACUCACUGGCGAGCUGGAAGCCCAACACGAUGGCCGCCGAGGGUCGUCCCGCCAUCGAGAUACGAGCGGUGGAAAAGACUGUCAGAAUAGCAAUGACCCACCUCAUACGCCACCCUCCCAUCGCUUCGCACGCCGCUCAGCUCAACGAUGCCCUGUUGAGGCAAAAGAAACGUAUGGAGGACGCCUUUGUGGAGGAAGCUGCUGCCCGCAAGGAGCGACGCCGGGGGACAAAGCAUCCCAUGGAACCUCCAGCUGGGGUGGAUCCCGAGUCGAGCGAGCAGGCGGCAAAGAGAGCGAGGCUGGAGGGCAGUGCAGGGGGCGUUGGUAGCGGCGUUGGGAAGGGGCCGGUUGUCGAUAUCAGUGGGAUGGGGGUGGAGGAGGUGGUGGAGACUGUCAUUAGCGGGCUGAGGUCGGUGAGCUCGCAGACGCUUGUCUCGGCGCUUGAAAAUGCAAGACAAGCUCUGCGAGAAGACUCGUUGGAUGCGCAACCACUUUUGGCCACUUCAUUAGGGGUAGCGGCUGCCGGCGGGGUCAAGGCGGAAGAUGAAGAAAUCGUCAACCCGUUGGAUAUCGAAGAUGAUGAUGACUUGCUCAUGAUGGACGACCCAGAGCUCGUUAUUGAAGAAGAAGAGCCAACGACAUUCACCGACUUUGUGUUGCCGCCUCCAGAACCUCUCGAUCCGUCAGACAAGGAUUACAUUCUUUCCAAUACUAUUGAACGGAUAUGGCAGUCGGGCGCCGAUCUCGCAAGUCUACCCGAUCCCAAGGAAACAGAUGCGGCCAAGACUGCAAUUCAGCCGAAAGAAAUGUGGAUGCUGUUGCUCGCCCGGCUGGCGACAAGAGGUGCAGAGGUCAAGAGAAAGACCAUUUCCGAGUUUGUUCUUGCGGAUUUCGCAAACCGGUCCAAGUUUGCGUCCGUGUGGUUGAAUGAGGAGUGGUACAAUGAGAGGAUCGGGGUCUCGGAGCCAGGGCAGUAUCUGUCGAAUCUGGAGGCCAUCAUAUCGGUAUACCUCCCCAAAGUCGACCCCAAAGACAAGUAUCUGGCGACAUUUAUCCAGAACCUCCCGGCCAUCCCGCCUUCCCUUAUCGACAUCCUCGCAGACGUUUGCCAGGAUUCCGAAAAGGCCGUCGUGGGCUUUACGGUGCUGCGUGAUAUCGUCGAAUCGCGUCCUCCCAUACGAGAGCAGGCUCUGCAGACGCUUCUAGCUCUGUGCACCCACACUGAUAGAAAGAUCCGUGUGAUGGCAAUCAUCACGACCGUCCGGCGAUGGGGCCAGAAUUCACCCAUGAUGCCGAUCAUCACAAAAUAUGCGCUGAGCGUGCUCUGGAGGUUGGUUGAGGCUAAGCCGGAGGUAAAGAUGGAGGCAGUGAAAGAGGAGGGUGGCGAAGUCGAGACCGAGGAGCAAAUCGGUGAAUCUGCCGAGACGGACGUCGAGAUGAAGGAAGAGCAGCCAGAAGAGGAAGGGUCAAUCGAUAGAUAUCUGGAACAGCCGAGCGCGCGCACUGUGCAGCAGCACGUCGAGCUGGCCUUUGCGCUCGCCAAACGUCAACAAAGUCUACUCGACGACAUUUUCAAAAUCUAUCCCCAGCUCAUCCCCGAGGUGCAAAAGGCCGUCGAGGCGCAGUUGAUGCCCCUCAUCCAAUCUCUGGGAGCUACCCCCAAGCUGAUGGAGAUUUUGAAAAAGUUUCCCGCUGGCGCCGACCAGUUGGUCAUGCGUGUCAUCGGUGUGCUCAGUGCGGAAGGUGCGGGGCAGGUACUGGUGUCCCUCGUCAAGAGCGUUCUGGCAGAGAGAGAGCUAGACCCCAAGUUUGUGAUACCCAUCGUGGGCGAGCUGGACAAGGUGAGUUUCUCAACACGCGUCAGGCCACGAGUAACGAGUAUGCAGGCCGAGAUCGAAAAGCAGCUGCCUAAAAUCGUGUCUAUUCUGGUGGACCCCGAGACGAAGGACAUGGUCAAGACGGCGUUUGCCUCGAUGCUGCAGAAAAUGACCCCGUCCGACUUGAUGGUCGCGUUGCAUCAGGAAGGCGGCGCCCCAUUGAAAGAAAUCAUCGAGGCUGUCAAGGUGUGCUUUUCGAUGACGACCGUGUUUCGGUCUGACGUCCUGGCGAAUGCGAUGAACCGGAUUGCGGAUCUGCCCACCAUUCCCCUGAUCUUUGUGCGGACCAUCAUCCAGGUGGCCAACACGUACAAGUCACUGGCGCCAUUCAUUGCCAACCACAUCCUGCCAAAGCUGGUGGCGAAGAAGAUAUGGGAAAACGGACAGCUCUGGGACGGGUUUGUGAUGCUGGCGAAGCGGAUUGCACCGGCGAGCUAUGGGGCGCUUCUGCAGCUGCCGAAGGAACAGAUCCGGGAGGUGGUGGGGAAGCAGCCGAGCAUGAAGGCGGGGCUGAAGAAUUUCCUUGCGAGCAAGCCAGGCAGCAAGGGGGCGCUGCUCGAGAUAUUUGGGGACGACGAGUGA